CGUAUUGCAUUUGCGCCGAGGGGAAGUUCUAAGGGAUAACGAAACACGAGAAGACAUCACAUUAUGGUAAUUUGGCAUUCUACAAAUUCUCCUUUCAACACUGAUCAUGUCAAACUGCAUUCGGUUACUAAAACAUUUCUGAUAAUUUCUUUUUGAGAGUGCUAAAGCCUCAAAAGUUAGGCAUUUUCCCUACGCAAAAGUUUCGCAGUAGCUUCGGCAAUUUCCGAAUAUUACCGGUACUUUCCGAAGACAUCCGAAUAUGCGCCACUCGGCGGAAAACUGAAUUAUCAUAAAUGCAAAGACUACAAUUUCAGAAUUGUGUUGUGGUUUUACAAGUAUUUUUUGUUGAGCAUGGGGAGAAUUUUGUAAAGAAUGAAUGAAAAAUUACGAUGGAGGUGGAAACGUGGAAAUCUGAGCGUAAACUUAGAUAGCAACGUUCAGCAUAGGAAGAGCUCUACUGGCUAUUUAACGUGGAUUUCUUGUCACUGGUCGCUUUGAGGCGAAUCCUCACAAUUUCACGCAACACAGGUUUCUCCGACAACCUGCGUUUGAGAUGAGAAAAAUGGCUGGGUUUAGAUGUCCUGCUUCUCCUCCGCCUCCAGAUCUCUCCAAUCUAACGGAGGAAGAGAAAGAGAUCAUCCAGUCUGUGCUACAGCGACAGAAACAAAUGGAAGAAGAGACGACACAGCUGCAAUUAUCGCUCCAGAAAGAAGUGGAAAGCUAUCAACAUAGAGUUGAAAGGAAGACUGCUCAGUCGGAAACUGUGUCUAAGGCUGAAAAUGUCUGUGAAAUUUGCCAUAAGACAAAGUUUACGGACGGAACGGGAAGGGAAUGCAAGUAUUGUAAGCUUAAAGUCUGCGCCCGGUGUGGAGUGCAAGUCACAAUUCCUGGGACGAAACAGGCUUCGGUAAGUCAAAAUAUAAUUUUAAUCUCUUAUUUUUACACCUUAACAUUUUAUUUCAAGGCUUGAGAUCUCGAAAAACAUUUGGUGAAGGGUUGAGGCUGAUGAUAGUAAACACACUGUUGACAGCUAAAGCUUUGCUCAUGUAUUUUUAAAAACUUCCACUUUGUGGAUUUAGCUGUAUUAGAAUUUCUUAUUCAGUCGAGCUUGAACAAUUUUAUCUGUGAGAUUUAUCGGUGAUUUAUUCUCGGUGGCGUAAACUUUAAAAUAGUAAUAAUCUCUUAUUAUUACUCUAGCUCAGGGUAAAAAUUCUUCUUGGACUGUUUUUGUCGACGUGUGUUUUGUGACAGAACUGAAAGCCUCCAGUAUUACAUUUCAUCUAACUUAUUUAUAAUUCUGUUCCGCCGAUUAAGUUUUAUAAAUAUUCGAAUUUUAAGGCGUUUUAUUGAAUCCCCCUACAAGCUAACCUCAUAGGGUACUUACGGUAAAUGGUUUGCCUUCUUUAUUUCGGAAGGAGUGGAAAAUGUCUUAAUUUGAGGCGAUUUUUUUGUAGCAGUGCUUUCUAUGUCCACAAACGUAGACGAUGGUUGAUGUACAGGUGAAAAUGUUGACCCACCCAAGUUUUUUUCUUGGCAAACAUGAGCCUACUUGUUUCAAAAUAACGCGUCCAAAAUGUUGAUUGGCGAGAAAUUUCUACCGAGAAUGUUUUUCAACAGCGUUUUAUGCUAAAGAUGUGGUGAAAAUAUGUAACAUUUGUGUACUUUUUAUUCGUUUCGUAUGUUAUUGGUUAAAAACAUCCCGGUCAGUGGAUGUAUUGUAUUUGGAGAACCUGCAGUGUGUAAAUAAUGGUACAUUUUACUGAUUUCUUAUUUGCCUCUGAUCUCUUGGUUGAAAUAACUGCUUGGCACAACCCAAUAUUGGAUACUGGAAAUUUUUUAUAUUGUGCACUUUUUUGUUUUAGU